UGGAAAGAGAACACGUGAAAAAGUGGCUUUGACAUUGGAGUCUCUCUGAUGGACAGUCAGGCUUGAGGCAUCCGUCUCGGACGCUGCACGCGGACCUUCCUCUAAACUUGGAGUGACGUUUUCGUUUCCCUGUGACUGAAUUGGCUUCGCGAGGAUGUAUUAUAUAUAUUAUAGGGGUGAAUAAAGAAAGUGGACAGAAUGCACAGGCUGCCAAACGCGCAGCAUAAAUGCCCACGAGCCGCUGGAUGUCGGACCCUCGUCGCAGGUGGUCUGCUUUUAAGUUCUUCGUGAACGCGGAUGGCGAAGCAUCUGCUUUCGGGGUAAAACGUGGUCAAAUGUGUUUUAAUGGAUGAUCAGAGACGCGGCGCGGAGAGACGCAUGGACUCCCAGAUGGACUGUCAGACUGGGACAGAAAGACUGUAGCUGAUGAGCGACGGGCUUCACUUCAGUAGACAUCUCGAACCAUCGCCUUUCUCAGAAACAGUGGAACUCAUGAAGGACUUAGAUCAGAGGGAACUUCAGCAGACUGUAGAACUUCAAAAUGAAGCUGAAACCUUCUAGACUGGGUUACCUGUUGCUCCAAUUAAUGACGCUGUUCUUUUACACUCAGACAACCAUGCAGUCCGUCUCGGUGCCCAAUUUCAAGCACCAUGUAACGGAGCACAGUCGCCUGUCUGACAGGAUGAGCCGGAGGUUAACGAGGACUUACCAGCUGUACAGCCGGACGAGUGGAAAACACGUUCAGGUCCUGGGGAACAAGCGGGUGGUCGCUAAUGGCGAGGACGGGGACGUACAUGCCAAGCUAGUUGUGGAGACGGACACAUUUGGAAGUCGGAUUCGCAUCCGGGGCGCCAAGACAGGCUUUUACAUUUGCAUGAACAAGAAAGGAAAGCUGAUUGGACGGAGGAAGGGUCACGGCAGGGACUGCAUUUUCACCGAGAUUGUCCUGGAGAACAACUACACGGCGCUCCAGAACGCCAAGUACAAAAGCUGGUACAUGGCGUUCCAGCGCAAGGGCCGGCCCAAAAAGGCCACACGCACCAUGCAGCACCAUCGAGAGGCCCACUUCAUGAAGCGCCUGCCCAGGGGACACCUGUUAACUGAGCGCAAGCCUUUCGACGUCAUCCCCUAUCAGCUCAACAAGAGGACUAAACACAGUCAUCGACCUGGCGUUAACUGAGGACGCCUGCAGAACUGCUAAGCCAGGAGACACUUCCUUAAAAAGACCUCUCAAGCUCAGUCCUGUCCUCCUGUAGCUUGAACAAUCAAACGGAACUGGAAUUCUAUCUCAUUUUGAGCGUAUCUAAUUUAAUGAACAGCAUCCGCAGAGACUUCUGAAGAGCUCAAGAAGCAGGACAUGGACUUUUUUUUUGAGUAUCUACAGAUCAAGCCCAAGAAACUGAAGAGACCCAAUAAAAACUGUUCUGAAAUCAGAAAAGACUGAAGUGACUACAGUGUUAAAGCGAUUAGAGGAAGCCAUUGGUUGCACCAUAAUGAGCAAUUGUAUCUCCAGGAACGCAAUGGUACAACACAACGCUUACAGCUACACAUGGCAGCUAUUUUUGAAGGAAUAGUUCUGUCAAAAAAGCUAAUGUUGUUAACAAUAAAUGGAAACAAACAGCCAGCAGUUAGCAUUGUGCAGAUUGUCAUGCUAACUGAUGGCUAUUAGCUUUCAUUCGCUGUUAGCCACAUUAGCAUGUUUGGUCAAACUCUUCUUUUAAGUAUUCACAAUCAUAAUGAUUCAACAGCCUCUCUGGUGCACUUUUACAGAUUCAUUUAUGAAGCCUUUAAAGAUGCAUCCGUCUCCUCUCAAUGUUCUAUUUGAAUAUAUAUAUAUAUUUUUAUCAGAAGAUUUUAAAAAAGGAUGGAAAUAUUUAUUGUAGAGUUAUUGUGUAUUAAAUGUCUCUGAAAGUAUGCCUUUUCAUUUAUAGUGAAUGCUGCAUCUUGUUUAAACAAAUAUAGAUAAUAAUUAACUUA